AAGCCCCGGGUUCGGGAAAUUCCAGAUUUUGAAACCCCCGAUGUUGUCAGCUGAGUUCAUCCAGAGGAGGAGCGACUCUGCUGCAGCGAAAGUGAAACCAAAUCCACGUUUGGAGGCUUCUACAUAAGUUUAAGUCACACAAGCAGCGUCAUCAUUUCUGGAGGUACCGAUCUCUGUGUAGGUCAUAUUUUAAUUUUUUUUUUGCUUUCAGACUUGAUUGGAAAUUUAAAACCCCGCCACCUGUGCGACAUUUGUAAAAUCCCGUGCUCCUGAACGCACCUCGCAGAACCCGGCAGUGUGUCGUCAUUAGCAACAACAAACCCACCUGGACCGAGCGGAGCGGCUCCGCGGCUGCUGGUGUCUCUGCUCCGGUGACAGCCUGCGGCGAAUAAACCGACAGGUGAAAGCGCAGACGUUGAACCGUGCCCGUGUUUCCUCCACCCCCCGCUGGCAGACGCCUUGAACCCCCUCCGCGCUCUCCUCCAGCCGUCCUCCUCCGCCGCGUUAGCUUAGCCUGCUAGCAGCGCGCCCGUAGAUGCUGUUCCUCUUUACCAGAAGGGUCAGUUCUGCUUUCAGAGGCUGACCUAGCGGAGCAUAAAUCCCCGGAGAGUUUCCGUAACGCGCUCACAGACAGCCAUGGAGCCCCCCGCGGCGACGGGCUGCGUGAACAUCGGCAGCCUGACCAGCACCUUGCCGGAGAUCCCGUACCAGAAGCUGACGGACCUGUACUACCUGAGCAGAGGCGGCUUCGGCACCGUGUUCAAGGCGCAGCACUCGGACUGGAGGACCACCGUGGCCAUCAAGUGCCUGAAGCUCGACUCCCCCUUUGGAGAAAGAGAGAGGAACUGCCUGCUGAAAGAGGCCGAGGUGCUUCACAAAGCCAGGUUCAACUACAUCAUCCAGAUCUUCGGCAUCUGCAACGAGCCCGAGUUCUUCUGCAUCGUCACCGAGUUCAUGAGCAAUGGCUCUCUGGACCUGCUGCUCCACGAGAAAGACAUGUACCCUGUUCUGGCCUGGCCUCUGCGUCUGAGGAUUCUGUAUGAAAUCGCCCUGGGGGUGAACUUCCUUCACAACAUGAACCCGCCCCUCUUACAUCACGACCUGAAGACGCAGAACAUACUGCUGGACGGCGAGUUUCACGUCAAGAUUGCAGACUUUGGUCUUUCGAAGUGGCGGCAGCUGUCUGUCAGUAAAGGCUCAGGGUCCAAGACCACAGAGAUGGGCGGCACGGUGAUCUACAUGCCCCCCGAGGAGUACGACCCGUCCAAGAGCCGCCGGGCCGAUGUCAAACAUGACAUGUACAGCUACGCCAUCAUCAUGUGGGAAGUGCUGUCCAGGCAGAUUCCGUUUGAAGACGUGACCAACCCCAUGCAGAUCAUGUUCAGCGUCCUGCGCGGGACGCGUCCCGACACCAGCCUGGACAGCCUGUCCGCCGACAUCCCCAGCAGAGAAACUCUCAUCAGCCUCAUGACGUGCGGCUGGACCGCUAACCCCGACGACCGCCCCUCCUUCCUCAAGUGUCUGAUUGAGCUGGAGCCCAUGGUGAGGAAGUUUGACGAAAUCGACUUCCUGGAGGCGGUGCUGGAGAUCAAGAAGGCAAAGCUGAGGCAGAGAUCAGGCUGCUGCUCAGCUCAGACCGUGUGCAGCGGGAAAAGGAGUGAUGAGGCAUCUCUGCUCAUGCUGAAGGAGAGGUCCAGCCCGUGGCCGUCACAGGAGAACUCCAAUUCAGGCUCAGGGUCCUGCUCCUCCCAGGACACAGACAUUUCUCUGCCGGCCUUCGAUCCUUCACCUUCUAAACAGGGGCCUCCGUCCUCCUUCGUACCGCCCACUCUGGACCGUCCAGCGCCUUUGAUAGACAACUGCGACGUCAACAACCUGAACGGCUACCCGAGCAACGAUCUAAACAUACCCAUCAAACCUAACCUGCCCACCACUGAAUACGAGAAGCAGCUGGAUAACCUCACCCUCAAGCCUCAGCCUCAGCCUCUGCAACCAGCGAACUACUCUCCUCCGCUGGAACACUCCCCUCCUUCCCAAGGCCCCAUCGGUCACUGGAUUUCAUUACGCCGUGAGAAAAUAGUCUCCCAGAUGACGGAGGCCUGUCUGAACCAGAGCCUGGACGCCCUGCUGGCCCGCUUCAAGCUGAUGCGGGAGGACUAUGAGCUGGUGGUCAACCAGCCGACGCGCACCGCCAAGGUCCGCCAGCUCCUGGACUACUGCUACAAACACGACGAAGAGUUCUGCCGCGUCGUCGUCCGCAAGCUGUACGACAACAAGCAGAGUGGCCUGCAGCCGUACCCGCCCGAGAUCAGCUCCCCGACCGCGGCGCUCGUCCCCAGCGCACCGCCGCUGUCCAUGCCCUACAGCUUCCCCAGGAACGUGUAGCUGCAGGAAACACUGCAGAUUAUAGACAGUGCCAACUUUACACUACAGUUACCUACCGCUGUCAUCAAGAGGGUGUUUUUAGUCGGCGUUUUUCCCCUCGAAAAGACUGAAGAACAGGUGGUCGAGCAAAAAGUGUUACAGGUACAAAAAAACUAUGUUAGUAUCCAAACAUCCGCCACACAUUCAAGGUUUUAUUCUGUAUGAUCAGAAUCAAAAGAUUUCAACUGAAUCAGUGAUUUUAUUUAAGAUAUUAUAGAUUUAAUAUGGCGAUUUAUUUAUAGUUCCUUCGUUCUGGGUGGAUGGAUCGCAGGGUUUCACUCAUUUUAUGCUUUUUUUUUGUCUCAGUAGCGUUGCCUUUAUGCAGCCCAGUGUUUUCUGUUUUGUAUUCUGUGUGUGUGGGUGAACCUCCUCAAUCCAUUCAUUUGGUCUGAGUGGCAGGAGGACUGUUAACAUGCUGGAAAUAAGGUUAAUUCCUAUUAUAGCAAUCUUUAAGUAUCAUGUAUUCAUGGUUUAGGAGCAAAGUGACGUCGCAGCGUCUCGACAGUGAAUCAGCAGGAAAACGCGCAGUCACUUUAAAUAUUCGCUCUUGAGCAGCGGCAUGUAACUCAUCUGCUGGAGGUCAUGUGACCGUGUGGAAAGUUUUUUUGUCCUCCGUCCAGGCUCUUUCUCCUCCUCCCCUAUUUAUUGCUGAGCUAAAGAGAGUCUCUGGGUCGCGGAGUAAAGAGGAAGUUGAGAUUGUAACACAACACCGAGAACGAGCGCACCGUGUUCGCGUCGAGAAUAAAAGUGGGCCGAGAUGAUUUGCGCUCAGCACUAACCGCACCGCUCAGUAUUCUCCGUCACGUCCGCCUGAGAUGCUUCAGGCUUAUCUGAAUACUUCCAAACUUACUGUUCUUCCAUAGACUCUGAGCUGAGGUUGCAAAAUGACUUUUCUUUUUUUAAUCCUACUGAGCUGCUCAGCAGAAGUGAAGUGAAACUGAAAAUCCAACCGGCUUUGCUUGUAGCAAAUCUUCAGCUGACCUGCAUUAUACAGAAACUCUAUUAUUACUGUUGCAUUGUGGGACUUUUUCUACCGUGACAUGUUUAUAAAAUAAUUUCCUCUCCGUCAGACGAUGAAUUGGUGACGCUCAACGAGGCCUAAUACUGUUAAGACAGUCAGUAGCAGCAGUUGAUCUGCAUAGAUGAGAGUAAAACUCCGCCUGAAGGUUUGUUCUCACUUCAUUCGUCACAUAACGUGUAUAUUUUUUCAGUCUUUUCAUUGUGCGUGAACAGUUUAUCUCCGUUUUGUUGUGUGCAGAGGGGCUUCGACUAUUAUCGUUUCCCAAAGCGGCGUCUUAAAUUCCUCGAUUUGUCUCAACAGGGGUCCAAAAUCCAAAGUUAAUUGAGUCCUUUCAGCCCUUGUGUAUGUAGCUUUUCAUUAAAGGCCUUACAUGUCCUCAUCGCCGCCUUCACAUCCUCAAACAGGUGCUUUUAUUGCAAUAUCGUAGCCGUUUGCUGUCAUCAGCAUUUGUCUCGGUCCCAUUUCUAUAAAUAAAAGCACUUCACCUGCUCGCCGUGUCCAUCCGUAGGUUCCUCUCAGUCCAAAGUAAACAGCGGUUCAGUGCAGGCCGUGCUCUGGAAAUCAAAGAGAGGGAGAUGAGCUGCAGCAGGCCGUUCUUAGCGAGACAACAGGAUGGCCGAGCAAGGUCGAUACGCUGCCAUGCGUUGGACUGGCAUUGCCUCGUCUUCGAUAACCGUGCCUCCACUUUCGGUCUCGACUCCCAGUAACGCGCAAAAGCCUUUUACACACAUAUCAAGCGAAAUCGAGUAAAAAGUGGCUACGGAUUUGGUAGCCUGAAUAUGUUGUAACAUAUUUUGUACCGUAGAUGAUAGGUUCAUCUUUUUUAUAUACGCAUAUAUUUUCAUCUGUAAUCUGUUGUUAAGAACAAAACAAACUCAUGCAUUGUUUUUGUGACGUGUUGAUUUGAUAUUCGUAGAAACGCCUUCCGCCGAACACCGACCUAAUUUGGGGCCCACGUCAUUAUCGGUGUCAGUUUAAUGAUUACGUGUUAGAGCAAAGCUGGAUUGAUGUGUAGCCGUGGUUUCAGUCGAAAGUAGGACUGUUCAGAUGCUGUAUCAGACUCUUCAUUAAAAUGGGUUCUCUGUUUUUA